AUGAUAGCUAUUGAAUUUCUCCACAGCGUUCUCAGUUUCUUCAACAGUACUCAUCGUCACAAACUCAAAUCCGCGACUACGGUCAGUAUCCCUGUUAUAAAUCACUUCGGCAAUUUCAACGGUUCCGGCUUGUUCGAAAAGAAUGGCCAAUUUCUAGCUAUCAACGUCGUAAGGCAAUUUCCGGAGGUUCCACGAAACCCUCAUCUUCUGCGCCUUCACCAUGAGUUUUCGGGCAGUCCUAGUUGUGCAUAUGAGAUUUGGUUGUUCUUCUUCUGGCUUAUGAAAAUGGGCUUCUGGACGUUUUUAGAAGGCAUUUUGCUCUUUGCAAAUGCAUUGGCAAUUUUGAAUGAGGAGCGGUUCCUUGCUCCAAGAGGAUGGACUUUGGCAGACAUGACAGGACCUAGAAGGAAUUCUCUUAAAGGGCAAGUCAUAGGACUCAUAUAUGCCUGUCAAUUCUUGAGACUUCCCCUUAUUCUCUUUAAUAGUAUCUUUAUAAUUGUGAAGCUGAUUUCUGGAUAA